UCAGUUUACAGGCAGCAUUACCUAUUGGACUCGUACCGUUUUAAGUCAGCUCCGUAUACAUAGAGUCUGCUGUUACAUAUUCAGGUUUGUAGUUGGAGCUCUGGCAUGAUUUAUCAGUUAUGGUGUGUGAAUAUGUGGCCAAAAAACACCAAAUGCAUGUAUAGUUUAAAAGGAAGCGCCGCCUAAGACCAACUUAUGGGCGAAAUUGGCCCACAAGCGGACCAAACAAACUGAUUAUAAUGCAUUAACACGAAGCCACAAGCGAGCUGGCUUACUUGACGUUUGCUAACUGUAUAAAACUGAGUGAUAGCGGCACCUCAUCCUGCAGACAGAAAUGAGCCAUACUACUCCAGAGGCCUCGGGUCUUGACCCUGCCAUGCUGAGAGACCAACUCUUCGAUCUGUGGAACCGGAAAGAUCUGCAGAUGCUACAUUUGGCAGCCCUCCAGGGAUUUUCAAAGCUGUCUGAGCCUCUAGAGGCCUUACUAACAAUCCUGGAGAGUUGUCCGGGCAAACAGAAAGGUCGGAGCCACACCCUUGGCCAUCACAUACUCAUGGAAUUCCAGACAUGGAUUAAGGAACAUCCUCAGGUCAAUCUGAGUUCAGUGUCGGAACAGCAAGCAGUGGCACUCCAACAGCGUGCUCUCAACUUGCUAACAGAUACCCAGCCAAACUUUGUAGACAGUCUCAUAAACAUCUACCAACUCAGUUCACUGGAUCCAGCCAUACUCCGAUUGCACAUUACUUGGUUGCAUGCUCUUAGCUUCUACAAAGAGGCAGCAACGCUCGGUAUUAAGCUGAACUUACAGGAAGAGUUAAAUAUGGAGGAGAUGUGUGUACCACUAAUCGUGCAGGAUAAGAUGUCGGUGGCCGUGUCCUUUGUCUCAGGCUACAGUCAUCUAGAGGAACGAUUGGUUAAACUUCUAGACUCUUGGUGUCACCCCAGCUUCUGUGUGGAAGAGCUAAACAGUCAGUUCCCUCGCCUUAAUCUGACCAAACAACGGAUGGAACAGAUUCAACCGAAAAUGCUCACCAAACACGUCCUGCGACUCAUGGAGAAAUUCAAGAUUGAUAAAGGACUGUGUCCCAAUGCACUGCACAAGAGGAGACUAGACUCUCUGCGUUUCCUCAUGUACAAGAGGUUUGUGGAGAAAGGCAUGACAGAAGAGAACUGGAUUGACCAUGUACAAUAUGUAGUGGCAGAUGACCUUGAGCUGCAGAUCCACUUGGUGGAGAUGUUGGUGAAGUACUCUUGUCUUCGGAAAGCCUCCCAGUGGUCACUGAGAUACAGCAUCCCCAGAUAUCGACUUCCCUGUGGAGUAUGGGAAACCCAGCAGAGUCUACCACGUGCUCUACAACAGAUAUCUCUGAGUGAUACUGCAGAAACUGAGGAGUGGGAGCUAGCUCAGUCUCACUGUGAGAAGUUCUACCAAGUGCCACUUACCAAAGACAAGGUGCACUUUGUGGACACACCAGAAGCUCUCGAGAGAUGUCAAAGCAUUCUGCUCAAGAAAGGUGUUGUAGUCGGAGUUGACAUGGAGUGGCAGCCAACAUUUGGCUGUAUCUCAACUCAGCAAGUGGCCCUGAUACAACUUGCAGUUUCUGAUCAGGUUUUCCUAAUAGACCUCUGUGCUAGGAGAUUCUGUGAGCACCCAGAAACAAUUUGUUUCAUCAGGAGCUUGUUCUCCCAACAAAGUGUCCUUAAACUAGGAUAUGGUAUGGCCAGUGAUCUUAAGUGUCUGUUGGCCACCUGGCCCCAGUUACAAGAGGACCCACUGAAAAUGGAGGGGAUGCUUGAUCUUCUAAGUAUACAUAAAAAAAUUCAACAUAGUGCACUCAGCCGGACUCAAAAUGGCCCUAAAGAGGUACUGGUGGGAGAGGACUGUGCAGAAAAGGGCCUCAGUCUGUUGGUACAACAGGUCCUGGGAAGGCCCCUGGACAAGACAGAGCAGAUGUCCAACUGGGAGAAGCGGCCUCUACGCAUCAGCCAAAUUAGAUAUGCAGUGGCAGAUGCCUACUGUUUGCUGGAAGUGUACUCUGUCCUCUCCCGCAACCCAGCAUCUUUUGGGCUGCCUGAUGACCUGCGCAGCAUAUCUUCAAGCCAAUCAGAGAAGAGCAGAGACAAGAAGCUGAAGGAGAAAAAGGACAAGCAAACAAAACAGACCCUUGAGAAAGAGGAAUGUCAGGGGGCUCAAAGGGUCAGCCCCUCUCGUUCAGAUCCAGAGAAAGGCGUCUUGUAUGGUGAGAAGCCUUCAGAAGAUUCCCCACCGCUACCCCCUCAGCAGUUGCGGGUGGUGUGUGACAACAUGCUGCAGGGACUCGGAAGAUACCUGCGUUGUUUAGGAGUUGACGUGGUCAUAUUGGAGAACACUGAUGAUCACAGGGUUGCAGCUAAGUUAGCGCAGGCUGAAGGCCGUGUCAUUCUUACAUGUGGACAACCAUUCCAAACUUUGCGUUCCCAGGUGGCGGAGGGUCGCUGUCUCUCCCUAGCCUGCUCAGAAAAGGCCAGAGACCAGGCGGUUCGAGUUCUCAAACACUUUAACAUCCAGCCCACUCCCAGUGAUAUAUUCAGCCGCUGUCAGGCGUGUAACAGUGAUCAGUAUGUGGCAGUGCCACGAGACGAUAUGGUCGGGAUGCUUAAAAAGAAAGGACUCCUAUCAGACCAGGACAACACUGACCUAAUGCACCAGCAAGAGGAGCAGCACGAUGACAUUUUGACCCCAAAGCUCCCCAGGUAUGCUCUUCAGUGUCGCUGGGCCUCCCUUUCAGGGCUGGACCCUGACACCCUGACCUUUCCCGGGGGCGCGCCUAUUCAGCUUCACACCGUGCCCCCUACCCUCCUGCCAAGGAUCCCUCUCUUCUACGUCUGCACCAGAUGUGGCAAGGUGUUCUGGGAGGGCUCUCAUUUUGGCCGUGUCCUCUCAAUGUUUCAGGAGGUCUUGCACAUUUCAGACGAGGACAAUGAAUCUGCUGCAGAGCCCAUUACAGCUGCUCAGCAGAAUUGACUGUUGUAGAGUCAGUUCACAUGAAGACUUUGGCAUUCAGCUGUCUUAUCCCGUAGGAACCCAUGCCCCUCUGCACAUGGAGGACGGUUCCUGUUCAAGUUUCAACACUGACUCUUCCAUAGUUUUCCUGAAAGUAAAGUUGGGUCUGGGCUCUUAAAAUACAGUAACAUUUCCCCACAUGUAAUUAACUUUAAAUAAAUUAGUCAAAGUCAAAUGGGAAACAAUUCUUCUUUUUUAUACACCUGGAUCAACAGAUUGCCUCUCAGUGAGCAUUGAAUGAAGGCUUUAUUUUUGUUUUUAAGCCACCAAUUUUUUUCAGAUGGAAAUAUUUUGAAAAUGUUUAAAUAUUUUGUGUUUAUAACAGUUUAAAAAAUCAUUUACAUUUCAGACGGGCUAUAGAGUGAUCGCAUUUAGACCUGACCAUAUUUGUUAUAAACUGUAUUAUACCUAAGAAAUGGUUUGCAUUGUGAUACUUUGAAAUCGAAAGAGUUAAUUCUUUAAGAAAGUAAACAUGUGCAUCAAUCCUAAGUUUGUUCCAUUCAGCAGUUUAUGAGGUCACAUCCUGUGGAAACUGUUUUUUAUUGUUUUGACUUGAACGCCCUGGUAGGUGGCGAUAAGGUCAGUUCCUUGGCCGUUUUAGUACCCAGUGGUACGAUACAUUUUUGUUCUCUGUGAUUACAUUCUUGUAAUAUUUAAAUGUUUAAAUGCGUGUUUCAAUAAAGAGAGUUUUUUUCCUCUCCUUUCUUAAUGUGUAAGAAUUUGCAGUUGUUUACUUUCACCAGAUGUUUUUGUUUUCAAUAUGUUUCUAAAUUCACAAAGCAGAUGGUAAAGGACUGAGGGUGGACAGAUUGAUGGGAUUAUCCGAGCUUUAGUCGUGUCUGUCAGGUGUAGCACGUGUGUUGGUUUUUUUUUUUUUUUUGUUUCGUUUUUUAGUAGGGUCACAUAGUAACCCGGCACAUACCAGCAGAAUCCCCUCACAUUUUCUCAUACUCCUUCCCACUGUGAAUUUGUGUGAUUCCAGACAAUUAGAUCUCCCAAAAUGUUCAAAUAGGUUUUGGAAACUGCAAUUAAAGAUUUUCUGAUGUUUUUUUGCUGAGGAAAGUACAUGAAGCUACACCAGAAGGCUUAGUUAGUCUUUUUACAGUCAUACAAUCUAAGAAUCCCUAACUAUAGCCAGAUGUGCUCUUAAUUUUACUGACAGUAAUUUUCAAAGACGGGCCGUACUGUGAAUCACUGAGGUAAAUGUGUUUUCAGGAACAACGACAGCUGCAGAAGAAAAGUUGGAGGUUGGUAUCUCAGGAUGAAACUUGAUGCUCCAGAACAUGCGCGCUAUAGCUUGGUUUAUCAUGCCAUGAGUAACCACGCUGAGCUUUCAGAUGUAAAGUGUUAAAUUUGUGUUAGUUGAAACUCCUAGGACUUGACAUGCUGGGAGUUUUCAGCGAGCUCAGCAGCCUAAAUUUAACUGCAACAAAUGCUGGAAAUAUACUCAUGAGACACUUUAUUAGGAACACCUUUCUAGUUUUGGAUUGGACCCCUUUCGACUUUCAGAACUGUCUUAAUUGUUCGUGACAUGGAUUCUACAAGGUGCUGGAAUUCCAUGGAGAUUUUGCUCUAUGCGAAAGCAUCACAUCCUAAAGGUGCUUGGAUUGAGGAUCUGGUGACUCUGGAGGCCAUCUGAAUACCGUGAACUCAUUGACAUGUUCAAGAGACCAAUUUGAGCUUUUGGACAUGUUAAUGUGCUAGAAAAAGUGCACAAGAUGAUGAGUACACUGUGAUCAUGGCCAACAGCAAUACUCAGAUGUGACAUUUAUACCACGGUCAGUUGGUACUAAUGAGCCCAAAGUGUGACAGAAAUACCCCCUGAACAUUACCAGUUCAUACAAGGCGGAAUGGACCCGUGCUUGCAUGCUGUUUACACCAAAUUCUGACCCUACCAUCCGAAUGCCUCAGCAGAAAUUGAAACUCAUCAGCCAAAGUUUUUCCAGUCUUCUGUUAUACUCAGGCUAACCCGUCUGGCACUAACAAAACCACAUUCAGAGUCGCUUAAAUUGCUUUUCUUCCCCAUUCUGAUGCUUGGUUUGACCUUCAGUGUGUCAUCCUGAUCGUCUCCAUCCCUAAAUGCACUGAGUUGCUGCCAUGUGAUUGGCUGAUUAGAUAGUUUCAGUUUAAUAGGUAUACCUUAAAAAAAUUUCUGAUGGUUUCUUUGGAAGCCUCGACCAGAUGUCCCGUAACAGUCCUCUCUCAGAUCCCCUAAUUUCAGUUUUUUGGGGAUUUAGUUUAGCUCACCUGGUUGAGCAGGUGACCAUAUGCUGCAAGGCUCAAUGCACAAGUGCAGGUUUGAUUCUGACCUAGACGCCUUUGCUACAUAUCUUCCACCAUAUUUCCUGUUUGAAAAAUCUUCACUGUCCAAUCAGAUAAAGGCGAAAAGAUUCACAUAAUUUAGAGAAAAUUGACACUUUAGCUUUUCAUGUGUGAAUAACAGACCAGCUACAUGACUUUAAAGGCCUGUGCAAAAAUGUAGGCUUAGGGCUUUUGUUGCAGCAAGUAAUCCUACACCAUCCCUAAUGCAGUCAUCUGUAGGGACAUUAUAAGUGCCGUCACUUCUGAAGAAUGUUACCAAAGUGGGUGUCUAUGGCAGUGAGUGGGAAGUUAACCAUUCAUUGUUGUGAGUGCUGGGUGAGAUGCUGGUCCACAUCAGAAUCUCCCUCCUCUGUGUCCUAUGGGUGAAUCUUAUGGAAGAAAGUUAAUAUAGUUAACUAAAACUAAACCAAAAACUACAUGAAAGAAAUCAUUUUAGACUGAAGAUAAAACUAGACUUAAUUUGUUAAUUUGGUCACAUUUGUCAAAACAAGAAGCCUGUGCACCUUUUAGUGCAUGUGUUACUAAAUCUGGGACGUCUAAGAAGGGACUUUGUGUCAAGUAUUUGUUGUCACUGUUAAUUUAUUCUAUUUUUCUGAGCAUCUUAAAACAAAUUAUCCACGAGGUAAAGUCAAAAGUGAAAUUUAAUUUUUAAAAAGUAAGCUUAAAAAUACUCUGUGGAAGCUACCUGAAGCUAAACUGAAGGUAAAAACACGUUGACACAUUGCCAAACAGCAUAGUGGAAUUUAAUAGGUACGUUUGAAAGAGCUGUUUUUAUCAGUUUUUGUACUGCUUUCUCAUAGAGGUUUUAUUGGUGGUGUAUAUAUGGGAAGGUCUGGACCUGUUCAAGCUACAGAAAAAUUGCAACAUGAAAAUUAAUUUGAAAGUCUAGUUCCCAAGAACAGUGCAAUACUGAUGAAAAGCUAAAUGAAAAUAUUAUCUGAGCAUUUUAUGCGUUUUCACAUAUGGAAACCAGCUCUAAUAAAUCAUGUAAAACUACACUUUAAGGUGUGGGGGGAAAGGGCUCGUGAUAAACGCAUAGCUGAUGCUGCGUGAGACCUUCUCCAGAGGAAGCUGGAUUAAUCCACCUCUGUGACGUGUUAAUAGUUUCGAAAAAGAUCCACAAUCAAGUGCUGCUGAACGAGACCGCUAUGCUGGCAAUGGUGUAGUUUAAAACGAUAAUAAUAUGACCUCUUCUUCUCGAGCCUCCUGGAGUCCAAGCAUUUGUUGGCUUGUCGCCAAGCAGCCUGUGCAAUAACUACAGUAACAUUAAGCUUCCCCGAGGUGUAUUUUAUUGGUAUGACUGAAGCAGACACCCUAACUUCCAAAUAAACCCGGUGUGUGCUGUCCCGUCCUUGUCCGGGUGGUCGCAGCCCCUGCCUCUGCAGAGCGCGAGGUUUCUGCUGCAGCACCGUGUUAUUUGAUCCUUGCUCUUUCUUUGCUGGGAAGAAAAGCUCGCCUCUUUCCCACGCUCUGAGGACACGUGGUGCCCGGAAUGAAUUGGAUGCAGAAGGCCCUCCCCUCCCGGUAAAACGUCACCCCUCUCGCUCUCUCUGUCUCUCUCUCUCUCUCUAUUCUCAUAAACUCAAGCACGCAUGUUUUCAGGUAUGAAUGUAAAAACAGGUUUAAAAAAGAAAUUAUGUUUAAAAAAAACCCAACUAAAUUUAGAUUUAUGUUCCCUCCUGUUGUGUGAUUUCCCCGUUUGGGCUCUUCUGCAACAUGGAACCCAGAGGAGAGACUCCUCCCGGCUCGUCUGGCCCAUUGCUGCCCCGGCGUCGGCGCCAAACUCGGGCACCGCGAAGCUACGAGGUCUUCGUUGCUCCUUUUGCGGUGCAGCACUUAAGCCUCUCUGUAUUUCGAGGAGGGGGGUGUUAUCUUGUUUAUCAUCGCACGAAAGCAGAGCAAAGACAUGGCUGCACAAACAAAACCAGAACAGGCUUGCAUUAUCUCAAUGCAACCGUUUUCCAUUUAGGAGUUCUAGGAAAGCUGGCCUCAUUGCACCCUCCGUGCCCAGCCGACCGCUCUUCAUAGCUGUGCCCCCCACCAAAAAAAAAAACACCUAACAAAAAGUUUUUACAUUUUUAUUUAUUUAUUUAGUUGUUUUACCUGACGUCAUAUUAACUGAACGCGAGAAACUGUGGGGUGGAAAAAAAUCACAAGUAUUUUAUCUCAACUUACUCUGGCAACUUCCCAGGCACACAUUACCACGAAAGAUUCAAGAGAGAAGUGCAUGUGUUGGGGAGGGUCUUCGGGGAGAAACUCAUCCAAUGGAAAACUUUUGGCUCCUGUAGUCUCUGCAAAUGUUUUCCAAGUGUCCAGACGCAUUGCAGCAAAAGCUCUGAUAGCGGACAGAUGUUCUUGAUUUUCCAGAAAUUGUUUUUCACCCUUCAGUAAUCUGAGAAAAAAAAAUGCACACAUGUACAGUAAUGUGCAAACAUUUUGCGCACUAAAUGUAAAAUGAGGAAAACAAACAAAUACAUAAAUUCUUCACAAUUCAGGACUUAUGCAAUAGAGCGUUUUCCAAGGUAUAAUUAUACCUUUGCAAGUGACGGACAACUUUAUCCAAACGUUCUGGUUAAUUGGCACAAGCCUUUUGUAGUUUGGGUUAAGUCUUUGCACAGCAAAAACACAAAUAGGAAACAAUUAAACCAACACUUGUAUUUUUCUUAAAUUAUAAUUUGAAAAACAACCCACAAUCUAAAUUUCCCCUCAAUCUGAUGGGAUAGAUUUGCUCUGCAAACGGCCAUAUGUACCCUCACUGACUAAUUCUGUCCUAUACGGAGACAGCGAAGGGGAACACACGUCUGUUAUUGCAGCCUACAUCAUCGACUUGACUUGGUUAUUCACCACGUUUGAAUACACCACAUAUGGGUGACUCAGAGCUGGCUUUGUUUUGAAGCAUUUGCAGCUGUGGACCACUUGUAGGAGGUAAAAAAAAAAAAGGCGCACAAAUAGUCACCUGCACAUGUCCCCAAAGACAUUCUGAGUAGAUGAAAUUAGCUCGUUUUUGCUGUCAUUUGAGCGUCAGGUAUCUCCAUAUCCAUAAACAUAGAAGAGAGUGGCCUAGAAGUCCUUUCUGAGUUGCUUCCAGAAUAUGCUGCAAAGUCAGCUUUACCUAUAUUGAUAAAAAAAAAAAAAAAGAGACACAUUUUCUUACAUGUUCAGUGCAAGAAUGUUCU